GAGCUUCACGUUAGGUACAAACUCUCCGUCUAGACACCAUGUCUGUGCGCUUUUCUUCUGCAUCCAGACGGCUGGGCUCCUCUGGGGGCUCUGUGAGGCUCUCCAGCGGCGGAGCUGGGUUUGGGGCUGGAAACGCAUGCGGAGUGCCAGGCAUCGGGAGUGGUUUCUCCUGCGCCUUUGGAGGCAGCUCCUCUGCAGGAGGCUAUGGCGGAGCACUGGGCGCAGGGAGUGCAUCCUGUACAGCCUUCAUAGGGAGUGAGAACGGCCUCCUCUCUGGCAACGAGAAGGUGACCAUGCAGAACCUCAAUGACCGCUUGGCUUCCUACCUGGAGAAUGUGCGAGCAUUAGAGGAGGCCAACGCCGACCUGGAACAGAAGAUCAAGGGGUGGUAUGAGAAAUUUGGGCCUGGUGCUUGCCGGGGUCUUGAUCACGAUUACAGCAGAUACUUCCCAGUAAUUGAAGACCUCAGGAACCAGAUCAUUUCUGCCACUACAAGUAAUGCCAGUGUGGUCCUGCAAAAUGAUAAUGCCAGACUAACAGCUGACGACUUCAGGCUAAAGUUUGAAAAUGAGCUGGCCCUUCACCAGAGCGUGGAAGCGGACACGAACGGCCUGCGCAGGGUCCUGGAUGAGCUGACCAUGUGCAGGACCGACCUGGAGAUCCAGCUGGAGACCCUGACGGAGGAGCUGACUUUCCUAAAGAAGAACCACGAGGAGGAAAUGAAGGCUCUACAAUGCGCUGCAGGAGGCAAUGUGAACGUGGAGAUGAACGCAGCCCCAGGGGUGGACCUCACUGUCCUCCUGAACAACAUGCGAGCUGAGUAUGAAGACCUUGCAGAGCAGAACCGCAGGGACGCCGAGGCCUGGUUCAACGAGAAGAGCGCAUCCCUGCAGCAGCAGAUUUCCGACGAUGCUGGUGCCACCACCUCAGCUCGUAAUGAACUCACUGAGAUGAAACGGAACCUUCAAACCCUAGAGAUUGAGCUUCAGAGUCUUCUAGCCAUGAAACACUCCCUGGAAUGCUCCCUGACUGAGACCGAAGGCAACUACUGCACACAGCUCACACAGAUCCAGGCUCAGAUCGGGGCCCUGGAGGAGCAGCUGCACCAGGUCAGAACCGAGACCGAGGGCCAGAAACUCGAGUACGAGCAGCUGCUCGACAUCAAGGUCCACCUGGAGAAGGAGAUCGAGACCUACUGCCGCCUGAUAGAUGGCGAGGAUGGCUCUUGUGUUAAAUCAAAAGGCUACGGAGGACCAGGAGAUCAGAUAAAAGAACCCCCUAAAACCAUCAUUAAGACAGUUGUUGAAGAAGCAGACCCUCGAGGAAGAGUCACCCCGCCCCGAGUUCACAGCUUGGAAGAGAGACCCAGCAAAGUCAGCAGCAUCAAGACUGAACAGAGGGUGCCUUCCUGA